AUGUCGCAUAGAGAAGACACCCAGAAUCUCUUGAGCCUCAAGGGCAUCCUGCACACGGACGAGGGUCCUAUCGGCGACGAACCUAACUUCCGGUCUCUGCGAGACGGCCGCAGGUAUGUACCUUCUAAAGAUUCUGACGGCAUUAGAGAUGUCACCUUGGUUGAGUUUCCUCAAUUGGACGCCGCUCGGGAAGAGAAGCUCGCCAAGCUUGCAGCGGACUUGGUUAAGCCCUCCAAGGACGCUUCUUGCCAAACGAUCGUAAGGUAUCUCGACUAUAUCCCCAAAGACAAGGUUUUCAUCAUCGAGAGACUUCCAAUGCAAGGAUCAUGGCGACCCGCGAGAGGGCCUACUCAGGACGAUACAGUCCUCGACGUAGCCUGGGACCUCCUUCUCGCCCUCGCACUGCUACAUGAGACAGGUACUGUACACGGAGACGUCCGCCUCCACAACAUCUUCCCUUUCCCUUCAGAAGACUCGUCGCGCGUCCGCUUCAAGCUCUUUGGACACGGCCUCGUUCCAGAGGUCAUCAGCCACCAGCUGCGGAACGAUGGCUUCACGGCCCCUGAGCUUCGUUUGCCGGGCAAGUGGUAUGACAUCAGCACCAACACGAAGCCGACGUUCGAAUCUGAUAUUUGGAUGCUGGGCAUGGUGCUUUGGCACGUUCACCGUUUCGGCGUCUACUACGACGGCCGCGGAUCUGCAAGACAACGGUGGGAGUCGGAUAAGAUGGACCAGCCUGACCUGACUGACGGCGCGAAAUAUGGCAUCAAUCCCCUGCCUACCCGGCCUCGUGGCUGUGAGCCUUCGCCUCAUCGCUUUGUGGAGGAUCUGCUUCACAAGAUGCUCAUUCCAGACCCUAAGCGGCGAUGGACUGCUGCGGAGUUGCUGGAGCAGAUGAAGUUGCAAAAGAAUUAUACGCCAGCGGAGGAUGACAUGAAGAGAGAUCUGGCUGACCUACAGGCUGCUCUCAAAGGUGAGAAAUACAAUACAUUUAGAAGAAUGGUGGCCAUGUUGAAAGGGGCCCCACUCAGAUCUUGGACGACGUUGGGAGGAUAUAUGUUCUUACUCGCUUUCUUCUGCGUACUUUUGUGA